UAUUAGGGAAGAAGAGGGGCUUUUUGUUUUUCGAUGCUGUUGUGAGAUCAGAGAAAGUUUAUAAAAAGCCCUGCAAUUAGCAUUCAGCAGCAGUCGGAAAUCACGUCGAGAGAAAAAGCAACAAGUGGAUGCCACAGCUAGAGUCAAAGCGCAAAGUGCAAAUAGUUCCAAAGUCAACUUAAAUAUAACCAUAUCCCAGGGGAUCGGAUCGGGUGAUAAUGCUCUAUAGCUUUUCGGCGGACUUACGUAGCCGCCGCCACGAAAAUUCAAUCGACCGCAACGGCAAUAUUGCAAAUAUUGUCGAGGAGCAGGCGACAAGCUCCAAACAUAAUCUGACAACCGAGUAUUCCCAUCGGACUUGCAAAAUGCCGACAGACAAGGAAGGUCAAGAAUCCAGGAGACCCCUCAGCGAGAGUUCCAACGAGGACAGUGGGCGCAAAGGAUCAAAGACCAACGGCGACGGAAUGUGGCGCAACGAGCUUUCUCUGAAUACGGACAGCAGCUCUGCCCAGCCCGAAAAGCAGAAGGAAUCGAGCCCUAGUUCUGUUCACUCUAAUAUGAGACUCAGCAAUGCAAUUGAUGUGGUGCUCCGUAUUUUCCUCGUCAUAGUGUUUUUCAAGCUGGAGACGAUGACAGCUUUCAAAAGGGAAAUCCACGUAGAGGAACUCUGGUUAUACAAGAAUCCCAGGAGACCGGACAUCGUUAGGGGUGGAGAGCUACUUUUCUGGGUAAUAACGGCACCCUUCCUGGUCACAGUAGCCUUUUACCUGUAUACGAAAGACAGGCGGGACUUCAGAGCAGCGAGCUGGGCCUGGACACUGGCUUUGUGCAUGAAUGGUAUCCCGACGAGCGUGCUGAAAAUAACUGUUGGCCGGCCCAGGCCAGAUUACUUCUACCGCUGCUUUCCCGACGGUGUGAUGGUUCUUAACACCUCGUCGAGCAGUUCGGAUACUUCCAUAUUGGACUUCAACUGUACAGGUCUUCCAGGGGAUAUAAACGAGGGCCGUAAAAGCUUUCCCAGCGGGCACUCAUCGUUCGCCUUUGCUAGUUUCGGUUUCAUUGCCUACUAUGUUGGCGCCAAGCUGCACGCCUUCGACAUACGGGGACGCGGCCACACCUGGCGGUUCUUCAUCGCUGUGAUUCCCUUUGUGAUUGCAGCACUGGUGGCUGUCAGUCGCACCUGCGACUACCACCACCACUGGCAGGAUGUUACCAUUGGGGGCCUGAUUGGCCUUUUUGCGGGUUACAUUAGCUACAGACAAUACUUUCCUUCCAUUUUUGAACCAGAAGCCGGCAAAGCGUUGAUCCGGUGGCCCAGGAGGGACGACCAAUACGAACGGCUAAUAGGAAAAGAGGAAAGUGAAAGUCAACGUCGUGACGCUGGGGACGAGAGCGACCCAUUGAGGAGGGCUCUCCUUGGUGGAAAGAAACAAUCCAAAUGGUACUAAAAGCUUUACGUAAUUUAUAGUCAAUUAUUGCUUUCCCGUCUAAGCUUAUCUUAACUAAACAAGCCGUCGCUGUAUUUCAAAUUUACAAUUGUGCUGCUAUAUUAACUCGUAAGGGUUAGGGAUAGAAAGUAGUUACUCCAAAUAAAGAUAGUUUGUCAAUUGCUAAAAGUAAA